ACUUCCCUGGCCUUGUGCCUCCCACCCCAGGCUCUUCUUCAGAGCCCUUUUGGCUCAGCCCCUCCCCAUCCUCACACACAGGCAGAGGUGAUGGCAAGAUGGCUAAGCAUGUGGUUAGCAUCUGAGCUCCUCUAUGGGCGAGUUGCUGGGCCUGCCUCUCCAGCUUCAGUUUCUGCUUCUGUAAAAUGGGGCUAUCCGGAGGGUAGGUGGAAGGAGUUGGAUAAAAAUUGCGGUAAUAACUGUUGUUAUCGUUUUCCUUUACCCCUAGCACACAGCCUCAAGACCACCCUUGACACCUUCAGCCACGCUAUGCGUGCCCGAGGCCCCCCCGGCCUACCAUCCCCGGCGCUGCCUCUAGCCUCCUCCGUUCUGAUGCUGCUCCUGAGCAGCCUGUGGCUGGUGGGGGCUGGCCCCAGCCUUGCCCUGGCCCCGGAGCUGCUGCCUUGGCAGGCGCACCGGCUGCUGACCCAUGCUCUGGGCCACACGGCCCUACCCGGCCUGCUCCUGAGCCUGCUGCUCCUGCCCACACUGGGCUGGUGGCAGGAGUGCCACCUGGGCACGCUGCGGUUCCUGCAUGCCUCUGCCCUGCUCGCCCUGGCUGCCGGGCUCAUGGGGGUGCUGCUGGCGGGCCUUGGGGUGUCCAGUGCAGCCGGCGGCUGUGGCUACAUGCCGGUCCACCUGGCCAUGCUGGCUGGGCAGGGUCACCACCCUCGCCAGCCCCAGGGGAUCCUGCCACCAUGGCUCCUGCCCUGGCUGCUGCUCGCCUUGACACCACUGCUCAGCUCCGAGCCACCCUUCCUGCAGCUGUUCUGUGGCCUUCUUGCUGGCCUGGCCUACGCAGCCGGGGCCUUCCAGUGGCUGGAGCUGUCGGACCGGCGGCUGCAAGCACUGCAGGAGGGCGUCUUGUGCAGGGCCCUGGCCGGGUGCUGGCCGCUCAGACUCCUUCCUACCCCAGGUGGCCGGGCCGAGCUGCCCGUCACCCAUCCCGCCGGAGUGAGGCCUCCCACCCCUGGACCUCCUUACAUGGCCUCCCCUAGCCUCUGGUCCCGCGGUGAAGGCUCGGCCCAGCGCCCGCCAGGCCUGGAGCCUGUGCAGCCGACCUGGGAGGGCUCCUCAGAGGUGGGCCUGGCCUGGGCCGGGCCCAGCUUCCCCCCAGGGACCCCGCUGUGGGCAGCCCUGGAUGAGCAGAUGCUGCAGGAGGGGAUCCAGGCCUCACUCCUUGACGGGCCAGCCCCGUGUUCUGAGACCCCGCUAUGGCUGCCUAAGUCGUCCGUCUCCUCUCUGCGGCUGCAGCAGCUGGAGCGCAUGGGCUUCCCCACAGAGCAGGCGGUGCUGGCACUGGCAGCCACAGGCCGAGUGGAGGGUGCUGUGUCGCUGCUGGUUGGCAGGGAGGUGGGCACUGAGGCCCUGGUGACGCAGGGGAGGGGUGGGCCCGCUCACCCUGAGGGUCCUGGUCCCCCCUAGCCCUGUCCGCCCGAGGGUCGCGGUGUGGUGCGGGAGAGCCCCCUCCGGCACCCCAC